AUCGACAACAUCAGUCACUGCAGCUUUACUCUUGCAGCCUUCAACACCUCGUCACCCAAUACCCAUCACCCAUCCCCUAAGCCAAAGCCUCACCCGCGACGCAACACUACAAGUACCUGGCAGCACACGGGCGAGCGUCACACUCCACACAACUCGUGUCAAGAGCCGGCGCCCUUCCCACGCCGCCGAGCUCGUUCGACCACUCGCACUGGCUCCUCUCGACACAACUGGUCUCGUGACAAGGCCCCUCUCCACAACUCUGUCUACAAUCACUGCUCUGCGCAAGUCCUGCCCAGCAUGACAGGCAACGCGGCGCUGGCCCAGCUCAUGGACAUGGGAAUACCCAUCGGACGCGCAAAGGCAGCGCUGCAGCGCUCCAAGGGUGAUGCCAUGACGGCUGCGGAGCGCGUUUUCAGUGGAGAAUUCGACGACAUCCCCUCUGAUGACGAGGAUGACGGCGAUCAACGCACUGGGCUUCAGACACCAGAAGAGGGUAGCAGCAGCCGUGCUACAGCGGCGGCGGCCAUGUCAGACGACGAAGAGGACGGCUACGACGAUAUCCUCAUGGACGACGACGAAGAUGACGGAGGCUACGAUGAUUUUCAUUUCGAGGAUGACGGCGAGCACGCCCCACAGGACGUUGACCCAUACGCGGGCAUCUUCUUUUCCAAGGAUAGAACAGAACACCUCAUCGAAACCGUCCCGAGGCCAGUCUUCCUGGACAUGCCCCUCUCAUCCGGAGCCGCCGGCGGGCCGAGCGUCAGGAAGGAGAGAGUCCGCAUCCUGUCUCGUGGGGAGUGGAUGAGCGGUUGCCCAGAAGGCAACGAACAGAGUUUCCUGUUCCAGCUGUACGAACUUCUCGCCGAGGGUGCGCUCCCCUGCGCCAACGGGUGCGGUCACAAGUUCCCGCGCUCCCCAGAGCAGUUCUUUGCGCUGUUUUCAUCAUUCCCCGCCUACACAGCGCACCUGGCCGACCUGAUCGAGGUUCGUUGCCCAGACUGCGAUCACAUGACAUGCAGGGCGUGCGGAGAGCUUGUCAACGUCGGGUCGAAUGGCAAGGGCAAAGGCAAGACCCACCGCUGGUCUAUCAACGCGGACGGGGAAAUCGAGUCUCUUCUGCACUGUCUCAAUCUCCAGGUGAGGGACGGAGGCACUGAACGACGCUCACCAAACCAGGGUGUGAUCAUCGGCGUCGGCCUGCACAUGAUCGAGGAGGGAUUCUCGGCCGUACCUGCCCCACCCACGCCGGAGAAGGACGAAGCUCACCCACCCAAGAAGCGCAAGGUCAAGAAGCUGAUCUCAAAGUUCGUGCUCGGCGGCAACGAUGACGAAAUGAGUGACAGCGACGCGUCAGAGAGCGACUCACCUGCAUUCUUCGGUGGUGGUACUGGCCGUGGCCGCUCGUCUGCCAAGGGCACGGGCUAUAGCGGUACUCAGAACGAGGACGUAAGUGCAAGUGCAGAGCCAUUGGCUGACGUCCUCCAGCGUUCAGGUCAGAUUGCCGCUGAGCGUGCCCAAGCUCUCAAUGACAGCAAGACUGCCACGCUCCUUUCGCAGGUGCAGGUCUACCUCCCGGCUCUCAACCGCCGCAGUGGGCCACGUGCUUCCGACCACCUGGUCCACCCAACCGCGCUGGCCCAUCUUCGUCGCCGCAGUGGCUUUGUGAAUGACCUGCUUCGCAACGACUCCCUCAUGGACAUGUCCAACCGUGGCACUCUAUACCGUGCCCUGUUUGACUGGCUGGAGAUUGUUUCGAGCCACGAGUCUCUGGCUAGCAUGCUCGCCAUGCCGCAGAUGCGUCCUAUGAGGACUGAGCCCGGUCCGGACAGGGACUCUGUUAGUGUUGUCUACGAGGGUGGCCCCAGCCCGCGUGAGCUCCUGGAGAGCGUUGUUAUUCAAGCCACCUCCGCUCUGAAGGGCCUGACGGCUACGGCGGCAAAGGAAGAGGAGAAGGCUGUCGACCUGACGCAGAGUGUCAAUGCUUUGGACAUUGUCCAGCCUCCAGUCGUGGUUGAUGAGGAGGACCAGAAUGGCUCGCUGCAGGCUUUCUGCGAGCGGAUUGUCCAGUCCGCGGCGACUAUUGACCGUUUGCUCAUCGACACCAAGGGCGAGGAGUUCGUCAAACGUAUGCGCGAGACUCUCCCGCGUCUUCACACUGCGGUGGAAGUGCAGGAGUCUGCAGACGCGACCAACGAUGCGAUCAUUAAGAUCUACGAAGAAUGGGCCCGAAAGGUCCGCUUCCAGUAUACCGACCUGAUCAACCCCAACGACCCUGGCAAGGAGAACUACUUCCACUGCUACAAUGAGCAGAUCAAGAAGCUGGUUGGCAUGGACGCCCCGAAGCGUUCUCUUGCGAUUGCCAAGGAGCUGGCGAUUCUGACGACGAGCCUUCCGUCCGCGUGGCACUCUUCCAUUUUCCUGCGUGUCGACGACGCCCGCGUCGACUGCAUCAAGGCGAUGAUCAUUGGUCCUGAGGGAACGCCCUACGAGAACGGGUGCUUCAUCUUUGACAUCUUCCUGCCUCUAGAGUACAACAUCAAGUGCCCGUCUGUCAAGUCCAUGACAACGAACGGUGGCAAGUACAGGUACAACCCGAACCUGUACAAUGACGGGAAGGUCUGCCUCAGCCUGCUUGGCACUUGGUCGGGUCCUGGUUGGGUGUCGGGCAAGUCGACGCUCCUCCAGGUCCUCAUUUCGAUCCAGAGUCUGAUUCUGAGUGAGGAGCCUUACCUGAACGAGCCAGGAUGGGCCAACCAGGCGGGAACCACUGCCAGCAAGCAGUAUUCUGCCAAUGUCCGCCGCAUGGUCAUCGAGGAUGCCAUGGGCAACAACCUGGCCAACCCCCCAUUCCCAUUUGAGAAUGAGAUCAAGACGCACUUUAGGCUCAAGGCGGAUGUUAUUCGCGCACAGCUUGAUCGAUGGAAGGCCAUUGACGAUGGCAAGGUGACAUCAUUCGACUCGUAUAGCAGCGUUCAGCAGACCAUCGCGGCUACGAGCCAGGACGGGGGGUCCAGGGGUGGGACGUUCGACACGACCUCGAAGCGCCUGCGCGGCCUACUGGACGCGCUCAAGCCGCCGCCGCCUACCCCGGCGAGCGCUGCCGCAGUGGCUGCGGUGAAGCGCACCAACCCGUUCCGUGGCGCCAAGAAGGGGGGCAAGUGAUGAUGCUGGUGUGGUCUGUGUAUCGAUUUGGCUUGUACCAUAUACGUGGAUAGCAUUUGUUUAGCAUGCAUGUGAGAGAGGUGG